CUACGUUUAUGCGAAAGUGUGAAAAAUGGAGGGAAACAGGCGUCGCAGAAGACCCAACGCCAUCUUCAUGGCCUUUGGAACCAAGGGCGAUGUCCUUCCUAUUGCUGCCAUUGCGACAGCUCUUGCGAGCGACCAACAACAUUAUAAUGUGGUUUUAAUCACUCAUUUAGCUCACAAGUAUUUAGAAGCUCAUUUGGUAGCAAAAGGGGCCUCCAUAGUUCCAAUAUCAACACCACCUGUCCUAUCUAUGGAAGAUGCUCAUAGAACUUCUGGUUUGGAGGAUUUUUCUUUCUCUAGGUGUAAAGAGGCUAUCAAGCAACACCAUAGAGAAGAAUGCUUGUCUGCCUUUGAAAAUAUAUUUGGAGAAGACUCCAGCAUUGAGGGAGAUUUUGUUGCGAUAAAUUUCUUUGCGUUGGAGGGUUGGCAUCUAGCAGAACUGUUUCGGGUUCGAUGCGUGGUUGUUGCACCAUAUGUUGUUCCUUAUAGCAUGCCAUCAUCAUUUGAGUGUCGAUUCAAAAGUACAUUUCCAGUCUUGUACAGAUGUCUACAAGAAGCACAUCCUGGGAAGGUUUGCUGGAAUGAUGUGCUCCACUGGAUGUGGCCUCUUUUCAUGGAAGAUUGGGGAUCUUGGAGAAGUAACUUUUUGAAACUAAGCUCCUGUCCUCUAAUGGACCCUGUGACAGGUCUUCCUUUGUUGCAUGAUUGGCCUGCAUCACCUCUAGUAUUGUAUGGAUUCAGCAAGGAAGUUGUGGAGUGUCCAGAUUAUUGGCCUCAAAGUACUCGUAUUUGUGGAUUUUGGUUUCCUCCUAUGGAGUGGGAGCUCCCUUACAAGAAGUGCGGAGAUUUCUCAUUUACCUCUUUGGAGAAUUUGUGCAUAAAGGUUGGGUCUUGGAUGGUUCCUACUGCUCUAUGCAAUUUUCUUAAGGGAACCCCCAACAACUUCUCCGCUCCCAUAUUCAUAGGGUUGAACUCUAUAGGAAGAAUGGGUUUUAUGAAGAAUCCUCAGGCAUUUCUUGAGUUACUGAAAGCUGUUUUGGAGGCAUCAGAUUACAGAGCUAUCCUUCUUUCAGCUGAUUAUGAGCCCUUAAAUGAUGCCAUUAUGAAUAUGUUGGGUUCUGAUAACAACGGAUGUGACAGACUUAGUGAAGAUGGAGUUCUCCUUUUUUAUGACAGGCUCUUCUGCUUUUCUGGCACCAUUCCCUACAGCUGGCUAUUCUCAAGAUGUUCGGUGUCAAUACAUCAUGGUGGCAGUGGAUCAACUGCUGCAGCCCUUCGUGCAGGGAUCCCACAGAUAACAUGCCCAUUCAUGCUGGACCAGUUCUAUUGGGCAGAAAGGAUGUCAUGGCUCGGGGUUGCACCUGAACCCUUGUGUAGGGACCAGUUGCUUCCAAAUAAUGAGGGUGAAAUAACCAUUUUGCAAGCCUCAAAAUUAGUAUUGAAUGCCAUUGAAGUCGCUCUGUCUACAAAAGUGAAGACAUGUGCAUCUCAAAUUGCUAGAAGAAUUUCCUUUGAGGAUGGCAUAGGAGAGGCUCUGAGAAUUCUCAAGGAAGAAAAGAUAUGUAUACCAAGACCUGAAGACUGAAAAUUCUCUCUUUAGAAGAGGUGUGUUUUAGUCAUGUUUUGGUUUUAUGUAAAUUAUAUAUUAUAAUAUAAAUAUUUGGUGGGUUAUUUGCA